CGGUGCCGGGCUGAGCGGCCGCAGCGGGGCCCGGGCGGGCGGAGCCGCAGGGCAGCGGCCACGCGGGCCAGCGCUGCCCCGGUAACACCCGCGUCCCGCUGGCGGGCGGCAGCCUUGCCGCUGUUUUAUGUGCGGGUGUGUUUUAUGUGCUUCGCUCUAAAACGUUGGUGUGCAUCGUCUGAAUACUUGUAGAUUAAACCGGUUUCGUGGUGUCUCGGUGCACUCUUGGUUUCUGGGCGCUGCUGUGAAGCGUUUUCGCCGUGGUCUUCAGCUCCUCCUAAGGAAGCUUUCUGGGUAUUUAGUAUCACUCUGGUUGUGCCUGUGCAAGGAAAAAAGGAGGAACAACUGAAAUGAACUCGACUGAUGUAAUAGGAAAAACAGCUGUGAACUAUGGAGAAGCGGUUUUAGAAAGACUUUAUGGUUGUGGCACUUAAAAUUGAAAUUAUUUGAAAUUAAAUAUGAGUGUACUGGCAAGCAGAGAAAACAGGUUUUGGCAGAAUUGGUGUCAUUGCAAAAAAACCCAGGAAAAUCUAUCUUUGUGCCUCUGUUUGGAUAGGAAAAAGUAAAGCAAGUAAAGAGAGAAACCUAAACUUUGGGCAGUGAAAUGAUAAUCAACACAGUGUAGAAGAGAAACAGUAUUUUUUUAUUACAUACAUUGUUACAUUUGGUGAUUUAAGGGGGAUGAAAAGCAACAGUGGAGUUAGAAAGGCUCCUGUAAUUGCUUGGAUCCACCGAAUAUGCUAUGGAACAUUAGGUUACUUUUUUAUGCAGGCUUGAAAGGCCUCGUGUUGUCUAGCAGUUCUGGAAACAAUUUUUAAGGAAAUGGUGUCCAAAUAUGUGUAAGUUUCCCUGCAUAGUAGAUGUUUAAGUUUGUCAGAGUUGAUGCCACAGGAAAUAAUUCUGCUCUUCUGAUAACAGUUCUACUGGCAUGAUUUCUUUCUGCUAAGGAACUUGUCUCAUGUGCUUUUAUGGGUGCCCCCCAGAAACAGGCUAACAAUAAUGGCAGUUCAUGGGAUAGCUGCUUCCCUCCCAUCCCAGUUUAUUAAAGAAACAUCCAUUUCUUUAGCUUUCUUAGUCCCCAUGGUUAAGGUAAGAAAACUAGAAUACAUGAACCUAAAGAAAAGUACAUAGUUUUAAAAUAGAUCUGUAAGGCUUGUUAUUUUUAGAGGUGUUUAUUUUUCUGGAUCAUUCAUCCGCAUUGGAAUAAAUUUGAGGGAAGUUCUUCUUUUUCUGAGAUGAAAAUAGUAAAAUUAUCCUGAAGUUAUUAAUCUGGUUACUAGAAUUCUUGUUUGGUAAAAUAAUUGUCAAUUGUCCAAACAGUGGAUUUUAUAGAAGAGGUAAAUGUGAUACAUAAUAACUGGCACUUCAUGGCAAUGAAGAUACUACAGGUAAAGCUUAACAAAGCUGUACCUGAGAACUGGUUGGCAGCUUUUUUUUUUUGCCAUUUUUUCCCCCAGGGGUGGUAUGCCUUUACUGUUGAGCAAUGUAAAAAAAACACAUGAAGAUAUUGGAAGUAUUUUAUCUGAUGGGCAGAGUAGAACAUUACCAGUCAAAAAUUAAUGCUUUUUUUUUUUUUGUCUAUGUACUGUGGGAUACAUGAUGAUGAAUAGACAGCAGAGAUCUUGGAUUUAGGUCAUCUACAGGCUGUCACUUGCAAAUACUGUGUUGUGUUAGACUUUCUUCCACUGGAACUGGCUGCAACUGAAAUUGCUCAACUUCAUUUUAAAGUUUGGCUUUCAGCAUCUUUGAGGAUGAAAGCAUGAAACUACGACAGCUGAAACUGCAGAAUCAGAGAGCCCUUCUAGAGAAGAAGCAGAGGAAGAAACGUCUCGAUCCAUUGAUGGUGCAGCCAAAUCCUGAGGCCAAGCCGCGCAGGUCAAAGCCCAAAGGGGGCGAGGAGCAGACUCCUUUAGUAGAAACUCCUACCCCUGUCCACAGUGAUGUUGUUUUACAUGGCAUUGAUGGACCAGCUGCUUUCCUGAAAUCAGAAGUUCAGGAUUUGGGGACCAAGCUCCAAACUCUGUCUGUUGGAUCUACCAAACCAGAAGACAAUGCAGAUAAGGAAAAUGAUGGAGAGGCUGUAACAGACACAGCAAGCAAGCCAGAUCUGCAAGAAAUAUUACAGAAAAGAGGAAUUUCAGGCAGUUUGAAUUUUGACGAGGAGGACACAGAAGAGGAAGAAGCUAGUAAGAGACCAGUAUCUCAUUCACCAAACCCUGAAUCUGAGAGGCCUAGUUCCGCAUCCAGCGAGAAGUCUUUUGCAGAAACAGGUGCUUCCUGUAGUCCAUCCCCUCAGGCAGAUGCACAGCUGGGAGAAGUAGAGAACUUGGAGGAUUUUGCAUUGCGCCCUGCACCCCGUGGAAUUAGUGUCAAGUGUCGAAUCACUAGAGAUAAAAAGGGAAUGGACCGGGGACUCUUCCCUACUUACUACAUGCAUCUGGAAAGGGAUGACAACAAAAAGACAUUCCUUCUUGCAGGGAGAAAAAGAAAGAAGAGCAAAACAUCCAAUUACCUCAUAUCAGUUGAUCCAACUGAUUUAUCUCGGAAAGGGGAAAGUUUCAUUGGAAAACUCAGGUCAAACCUCAUGGGAACCAAAUUUACAGUCUAUGACCAUGGUGUUAACCCAGUCAAGGCACAAAGUCUAGUGGAAAAGGCUCAUACAAGACAGGAGCUCGCAGCUAUUUGUUAUGAAACUAAUAUCUUAGGAUUUAAGGGUCCCAGAAAAAUGUCUGUGAUCAUUCCAGGAAUGAACAUGAAUCAUAAGCGAAUUCCAAUCCGUCCACGAAAUGAGCAUGAGGGUCUGCUGUCAAAAUGGCAAAACAAAAAUUUAGAGAACCUCAUUGAAUUGCACAACAAGGCUCCAGUCUGGAAUGAUGACACUCAAUCGUAUGUUUUGAACUUCCAUGGGAGGGUCACUCAGGCCUCAGUGAAGAACUUCCAGAUUGUCCAUGACAAUGACCCUGACUACAUCGUGAUGCAGUUUGGUCGUGUAGCAGAAGAUGUGUUCACUCUGGACUAUAAUUACCCUCUCUGUGCUCUUCAGGCUUUUGCUAUUGGACUCUCUAGCUUUGACAGUAAAUUGGUCUGUGAGUGAAUGAGUGAGGGACAACAGACAUGAACCAUGGAACUCACUCCCACCCCUACAUCUUGUAAGAGUUGCAGGUGUAGCAAUGAAGAGCAUAUUGGAAGGGAAAUGGAGGACAGACUUCUGCAGGCUUAUUAGAAAACUAAUUCCAGCCUUCAGAGCAUUGUGGGAGUUGACAGCAGACCACCUUGGGAGCAGCCUCUGUAUGGCCUGUGGAAGAGCAAGAAAUCUAGGUGAUGUUUCUGUCAUUGGUGUUGAUUCUGCUUUUAGAAUCCUUAUUUACAGAUGCUGCAUGAGAGUGCGCUAAGCCCACUUUUUGGAACUCCUUGCAGCUAGAAUUAGAAAAAUAAUGGCAAAAUGUUCAUUUACUUUGAAGCUUCCACAAAGCCUGGGAGAUGAUGCUACUCAAGAGUUCCUAAUCAGAUGAACUC